AUGAGACCUCCUAUCCCAAUAUUAUCCGAGUAUGGAAUCUCGCCAAAGUAUGGCUUUUUGCCCGACGUCCUACCUUUAACUAGGCUUCCGGACCCCUACUAUAACAAGUGGGAAUCCAUCGGCGCCAAUCUACAGAAUUUAAUUCUGAGCAAGCGCCUUCGAGGAGUUAUCGACCGUCUUCCUGUUCUCUCCACCGUCGGUCUGGAACAUGACGCAGAAUGGAGGAGAGCUUACAUGCUCCUGACCUUCUUUGCUCACGGCUACAUCUGGGGAGGUGAUACUCCCUGUGAUCGUGUGCCACCGAGCAUCUCUGUUCCUUUGUUGGAUAUUUGUCAACAUCUCGAGAUUCCACCCGUGUCUACUUACGCCGCCUCCGUGCUGUGGAACUUCAAACCCCUCUUCGUCGACGAAGAGAUCGACGAUCUUGACAAUCUCGCCACCUUGUUGACCUUUACUGGGUCUCUUGACGAGUCUUGGUUCUACUUGGUCUCGGUUGCCAUCGAGGCUCGUGGCGGCCCCAUCAUCCCCCUGAUGCUAACUGCAGUUGCUGCUGCUCGACAAGGCGAUAGUGUAACCGUGACACGUUGCCUGCAUGCCUUCGCCGAGCGCCUCGAUGACCUCGGCGAACUAUUGCGUCGCAUGCAUGAAAGCUGCGACCCUGGCUUCUUCUACCGUCGCAUUCGCACAUUCCUUGCUGGUAGUAAGAAUAUGGCCGAGGCAGGUUUGCCGCAUGGUGUCAUGUAUGAUGAUGGUUCAGGCAAAUCUGAGUAUGUGCAAUACAGUGGACCUAGCAACGCCCAAAGCAGUUUGAUUCAAUUCUUUGAUAUCAUUCUUGGCGUUGAGCAUCGUCCCACCGGUGAGAAGCCCAAUCCGUCCUCUGAGUCGGAACGCGAAGGACGAAGCCGUGCCCCCAAGCACAAUUUUAUCCAGGAUAUGCGACGUUAUAUGCCAGGACCGCACGCGCGCUUCUUAAACGAUGUCGGAGCGGUUGCUAAUAUUCGCGAAUUUGUUGAGAGCCGCGCUGCCUCUGACCGUCCUCUGAGCAUCGCCUACGACGCGUGUCUUGCCAUGCUCCGUGCAUUCCGCGAUAUUCACAUCGCUAUCGUUACGCGCUACAUUGUCUUGCCAUCUCGAGAGAAUAGAGCACGAAGUCGAUCGCGUAGCCCUGAAGCUAUUAGGAAUAGAGUAAAUUUGGCGACAGCUUCUAAAAACGAGAAGCAUAAAAAGGUUAAAGGAACCGGUGGUACAGCUCUCAUUCCUUUUCUCAAGCAGGCUCGUGACGAGACUGGCGAGCCCUCAAUCGAGGUUUGGGCCAAGAAGUUUAUGAGCAGGCAAACUAAGGUCUCAGGUCAGAACGAUUUCUUCCUGGGUAAAGAGGAGAAAUCGGUGCCAGAUGAGCCGGUUAUUGAGCAUGGUCUUGCUGGGACUUGGACUAUGGAUGAGGAAAUUGGCGGCAUCUGCAAUUACUGA